GUCGAUUCGGGACCACCUGGAGAGAACCCCGCAGUGUCGUGCCAUCUAUCUCGUUGAUAAAUAUCCUGGCUCUCGCGAAUUUCUCUCCUGGUUCAUUGUCCGCUGCAAACGAUCUUUCUGCACCAUGGCCUACAAUCUUCGAUGGGGAAUCCUCGCUACCGGAGGAAUCGCAGAGACUUUUGUGCGGGACCUGCUGCUGGAUCCAAGUAAAAGAGGAGUCACAGACGUUGCACACACUGUAGUAGCGGUAGCAUCAUCCUCAUCCAAGUCCUCAGCAGACUCGUUCGUCGAAAGACUCCAGAUUCCCGGACCAUGUGCGACAUACGGCUCUUACAAAGAGGCCGUCAACAACCCCGAUGUUCAAGCGGUCUAUGUGGCCAGUCCACACUCGCACCACUUUCAACACGCCAUGCUUGCUUUGGAAGCCGGUAAGCAUGUUCUUUGUGAAAAGGCCUUCACCGUGAACGCAGCCCAGGCCAAGAUCCUGUGCGACACUGCGCAGAAGAAAGGCCUUUUCUUGAUGGAAGCUGUUUGGACCCGGUACUUCCCACUUAGCAUUCAGGUCCGACAACUCGUACAAUCCGGAGCCAUCGGCGAGGUUCUGCGUGUUGUCUCUGACUUGAGCAUUGGUGUCGAUCCCGAAACUGCUUGGAACAGCGACCACCGCAUGGUUAACAAGGAUCUGGCUGGUGGCGCCCUGCUUGACCUGGGUGUUUAUGCCCUUACGUGGGUUUUCCAAAUUCUUUACCACACCCUACCUCGCGAUCAGCGUAAAGCGCCAUCCCAGAUCAUAUCUCACAUGUCCAAGUAUCCUGGGACUGGAUCCGAUGAAGAGACAACAAUGAUACUAACAUUCCCCACGACAACACCAUCCGCCCUCCCCAAUCGAACCUCGCAUGCCGUGGCAAUGACUGCCUUCCGUGUAGGAACAGACCCCGACGGCCGCGGCUCUGCUGGACCUUCUAUCCAGAUCCAGGGAACUAAGGGAAGUAUCUUGAUCUUCGGGCCCGCGUAUCGUCCUGAGCGGUACAGAGUGGUGCCAAAAUCCGAGGCAGGCGAGGCAGCAACCGUCCAAGACGUUCAUGUUCCUUUCCCUGGGGAUGCGCGCGGGAUGUUCUGGGAGGCCGAUGAAGUUGCUCGUUGUGUGCGUGACGGGAAGCUCGAAAGCGAAACCCUUCCUUGGGAGGAGAGUAUCGUCAUUAUGGAAGUUAUGGAUAAGGUGCGCCAACAGGGAGGGUUGGUUUAUCCAGAGGGUAUCGAAUCGACAACGUACCCACUGGAUCUCUAAUAAUUUAGGGCAGUGUCGCUCUGGAGUGGAGUCGAGCGCAGCGUACGCACUCUUACGAUGCUAGAUAGCUUUUAUCGUGAAUCAAUUCGAUGAGGUUACACAGUGAAUGCCUAUCAACAGUGUUGAUAGAUUGGCGAAUGCCCACAUUUACAGUACAAACCGGCAGUAAUUCCAACCAAAAAAACC